CAGAAGUUCAGAGGCCGUGAUGGUGGACGCACGACGUCUGAGAACGCUCUCCUGGACAACUUUUGUGUUCCCACUGAGAUGUGGCCAAUAAGUAUCAAGUAUAGAAYGUCUGCUUGAUUUUGGUUUUGCGCUUGCGGGAUGUUUUCAGUGAAGAGAAAAAGAAACGAGGACAUCCACGACAGCCKCUACGGCUGCUUCGGGGACCCCUGAAAUGAGCAGCUGGAAUUGCCAAUUUGGAGAGCCCCCGGGGCCUGGUCAUCUAAGACCGGAAGUUACAGAUCCCACCGGCCUGGGAGAGGGUCCGGAUAUUUAUUUUAAGAAGUCCCAGUCCCUCAAAUGCGAGUGGCGCUGGCGGGAGUCCAGCCGMGCGGGAAGAUGCCAAGCCCAGCGCACCAGCGAUGCGCACGGACGCCCCGGGCCUCAGUCCUCUCCGCUUGGCCGRAGGGGUGCCAGGCCUCGCGCGCCGUUCCCAGGGACAACCGGGAGGCCUCGCUGCUCCCGGGAGAAGCGAGAGCAAGGCGGCGGGCCGCUGGCUGGCGUGCGUUUCGCCUUCUCACGCCGUGGGCUGCGCUGMGGAGCACCAGGCUCGGGACCGGAGGGCGCACAGUGGCGGGUGGCGCGCGCCGCGCUCUCUCCCAGAUCGCUGAGCCUAGAGUUAGCGGGUUGAGCUUCUCCGGCCACCCCAGCGUCCAGCGGCCCCUGGCCGCCAAGCUGCUCCGGUCGGCCGGGAGACGCCCCCUGUCCCCCGCCCCCGCUUGGCACUGCCGGCUGAGCGGGAGCGGCGGGAGGCGGAGGAGGCGGCGCCGCCGGGACUGCCUCCUCCCCUCCCCUCUCGUCUCCUCCCCGCGCCACCGAAAAGGACAAGGGGACUAGGCACGGGGACCCCGGCCAGAGAGCGCCCGUGCCCUGGGACCGCCCCUCUCUCGCGUUCCCUCGCCGCGAGCCCGGGUGGGUCUCGCCCCGUAUGGUGCUGGCGGCACCCAUGAGCCAGGACGCGGACCCCAGCGGUCCGGAACAACCGGACAGAGAUGCCUGCGUUGUGCCUGGUGCCCAGGCGUCCUCGGCGCCCCCGGGCCCGCGAGGGAUGCAGCCGCCGCCUCCGCCGCCUCCGCCGCCUCCCCAAGCCAGCCUACCCCAGAUCAUCCAAAAUGCCGCCAAGCUCCUGGACAAGCAGCCCUUCUCUGUGCGAAAUCCGAACCCUCUGCUACCUUCGCCUGCCAGUCUCCAGCUGGCCCAACUGCAGGCACAGCUCACCCUCCACCGGCUGAAGUUGGCACAGACAGCUGUCACCAACAAUACUGCGGCCGCCACGGUGCUGAACCAAGUCCUCUCCAAAGUGGCCAUGUCCCAGCCUCUCUUCAACCAGCUGAGGCAUCCAUCUGUGCUCGGUGCCUCCCACAGCCACACUGCAGUGCCCCAGCAUGCUGCAGCCCUACCCAGCGCCCGGUUUCCCUCGAGUGCGAUUGCUUUUUCACCCCCUAACCAGCCACGAGGCCCAGGACCCUCUGUGAGCCUUCCCAGCCAGCCUCCCAGUGCCGUGGUGAUGCAUCCUUUCAGCGGGGUGAUGCCUCAGACCCCUGCCCAGCCAGCCGUCAUCUUGGGCAUUGGCAAGGGGGGCACUGCUCCAGCCACCACGGGAUUCUACGAGUAUGGCAAAGCUAGCACUGGCCAGGCAUACGGCUCUGAGACAGACGGUCAGCCCGGCUUCCUGCCAGCCUCAGCCUCUGCCUCAGGCAGUGUGACCUACGAAGGGCACUAUGGCCAUGCAGGACAAGAUGGCCAACUUGCCUUUUCCAAAGAUUUCUAUGGACCCAAUGCCCAAGGGUCCCACGUGGCAGGUGGAUUUCCAGCUGAGCAAACUGGGGGCAUGAAAGGCGAAGUAGGGGCCCUGCUGCAGGGUGCAAACAGCCAGUGGGAGAGCCCCCCUGGAUUCUCUGGCCAGAACAAACCUGAUCUUGCAGCAGGUCCCAGCCUGUGGCCUCCACCGCCCAGCCAGCCCUAUGAACUGUAUGACCCCGAGGAACCCACCUCAGACAGGACCCCUCCCUCCUUCGGGGGUCGGCUCAACAACAGCAAGCAGGGCUUCAGCGGUGCCCGGAGGCGGGCCAAGGAGGAGCAGGCCAUGCUGUCUGUGCGUCCCCUGCAGGCUCACGAGCUGAAUGACUUCCACGGUGUGGCACCCCUUCACCUGCCGCACAUCUGUACCAUGUGUGACAAGAAGGUGUUUGACUUGAAGGACUGGGAGCUGCAUGUGAAGGGGAAGCUGCAUGCUCAGAAAUGCCUGGUCUUCUCUGAAAAUGCUGACAUCCGGUGUGUACUGGCUUCGGCAGAGGGAGCACUGUGUGGCUCCCCGACUGGCACAGCUGUUUACAGCCCUGCUGGAAAUGAAGAAUAUGCCUCAAAUCUUGGAACAUCAUACGCAGCCAUUCCAGCAAGGCCGUUUGCUCAGUCAAAUCCUGCAUUUCCUUCUGGGACAAAUUUUGCACAACGGAAAGGUGCUGGCCGUGUGGUGCAUAUCUGCAAUCUCCCUGAAGGAAGCUGUACUGAGAAUGACGUCAUUAACCUGGGGCUGCCCUUUGGAAAGGUCACUAAUUACAUCCUCAUGAAGUCGACUAACCAGGCCUUUUUAGAGAUGGCUUACACAGAAGCUGCCCAGGCCAUGGUCCAGUAUUAUCAAGAAAAAUCUGCGGUGAUCAAUGGUGAGAAGUUGCUCAUUCGGAUGUCCAAGAGAUACAAGGAAUUACAGCUGAAGAAACCUGGAAAAACCGUGGCUGCUAUCAUCCAGGAUAUCCACUCCCAGAGAGAGAGGGACAUGUUCCGGGAAGCAGACAGAUAUGGCCCAGAACGUCCCCGGUCUCGCAGUCCCGUGAGCCGGUCACUGUCCCCAAGGUCGCACACGCCAAGCUUCACCUCCUGCAGCUCUUCCCACAGUCCUCCAGGCCCCUCCCGCGGGGACUGGGGCAAUGGCCGGGACUCAUGGGAGCACUCUCCUUUUGCCAGGAGGGAGGAAGAGAGAGACCCAGUCCCCUGGAGGGAGAACGGGGACGACAAGAGGGACAGGACGGACACAUGGGCACAUGAUCGCAAACACUACCCCCGACAGCUGGACAAAGCCGAGUUGGACGAGCGACUUGAAGGAGGGAGGGGCUACCGGGAAAAGUACCCCAGGUCUGGGUCCCCCAACCCCCUCCACUCCGCAUCCAGCUACAAAAGCCGGGAGGAAGGCCACUACCGGAAAGAGCCCAAGGCCAAGUCGGACAAGUACCUCAAGCAGCAGGACGCCCCUGGGAGGUCCAGGAGGAAAGAGGAGGCCAGGCUGCGGGAAAGCAGACACCUCCACCCUGAUGACUCUGGCAAGGAAGAUGGGCUAGGGCCCAAGGUCACCAGGGCCCCCGAGGGUGCUGCAUCCAAGCAGAGUGAGAAAAACAAAACCAAGAGAGCUGACAGAGACCAAGAAGGAGCUGAUGAUGGAAAAGAAAGCAGAAUGGCCGAGAGUGAGGAGGGCACGGAAGGAAGCCCCCAGUCAGUGGGCAGAGAGGAGAAAGAGACAGAGUCCUCUGACCCGGAGAACACAAGGACAAAGAAGGAGCAAGAUUGGGAGAGUGGAAGUGAGGCCGAGGGCGAGAACUGGUACCCCACGAAUAUGGAGGAGCUCGUCACAGUGGACGAGGUGGGGGAAGAAGAAGAUUUUAUCAUGGAGCCAGACAUCCCAGAACUGGAAGAAAUUAUGCCGAUGGACCAGAAAGACAAAAUCUGCCCUGAAAUCUGUCCCUGUGUGACGACCACCUUGGACCUGGACUUGGCCGAGGAUUUCCCCGGGGAGGAAGUCAAGACCGUAGGGAACGGGGCUGCAGAGAUCAGCCUCAAGCUGCCCAGACAACUGCCCUCGGCUCCCACGAGCUGUCCCAGUGACACGGACGUGGAGAUGCCUGGCCUAAAUCUGGACGCUGAGCGGAAGCCAGCUGAACGCGAGACAGGCCUCUCACUGGAGGAUUCAGAUUGCUACGAGAAGGAGGCAAAGGGAGCGCAGAGCUCAGAUGUUUGUCUGGCCUCUACUACAGCCCAGCAAAUGUCUUCCCCCCAGCCAGCCGAGGAGAGGGCCCGACAGCAGAGCCCAUUUCUUGAUGACUGCAAGGCCAGGGGGACCCCCGAAGAUGGGGCUGGUGAAGGCAGCCCCCUGGAGGAGAAAGCCAGCCCCACUCCUGAAACCGACCUCCAAGGCCAGCCUUGCCCAGGAGUGUUGACCGAGGAAAACCCCAGGUAUGUGGAAGUGAAAUCUCGAGACCUGAGAUCACCAGACUACUCUGAGGUGGAGCUGAAAGAGCCCCUGCUCCUGCCUUCUUGGGAGCCGGAGGAUGUGUUCAGUGAACUCAGCAUUCCUCUGGGUGUGGAGUUUGUGGUUCCCAGGACGGGAUUUUAUUGCAAGCUGUGUGGGCUGUUCUACACAAGCGAGGAGGCGGCGAAGGUGAGCCACUGUCGCAGCGCUGUCCACUACAGGAACUUACAGAAAUACUUGUCGCAGUUGGCAGAGGAGGGCCUGAAGGAGACAGAGGAGGCAGGCAGCCCCAGGCCUGAGGACAGCGGAAUCGUGCCGCACUUUGAAAGGAAGAGGCUCUGAUGUUGCUGCUGCUGCUGCUGGAAGGUAGAAGAGGAGGCCUGCAGAGGCUGGGCCUCCCGGACAGGACUAAAGCAGAGAGGAAGAAAAACCAGGCAGUGCACGCUGCCUGAGACUCAUUAAAAACCCCUAAAGUGUCUCCAUGAGCCAAGGCACCCUCAACUCUCCCCCUCUGGACCCCAGUUUCUCUCUCACAAUCGUUCAAUUUGCUUUUCUCUCUUCCUCUUGCUCCCUCCUCCAUCUCCUUCCUCCUGUGCCAAGAAUCAUUUCCUUUUCAUAAAAUCCAACUUCUCAGGGAUUUUCAGAGUGUUUAAAUUCUUGAUAGGAUAUAACAGGUCAGGCCAGACUGAAUCAUGCAAGGAAGAGGUUUAAUGGAAACCCUGGGUCAGGAGAGUUCUUUCUGGGAAUCUGCAGCAGGAGUCUCAGCCUGGCAUCUCUAUGUCCUUUGGGUGCCCUGUGUGGGGGAGCCCAGGCCUGAGAGGAGCCACUAGAGAGAAUCAGUUGACAGCAGCAGAGAGUGGCUUCAUUAACUGCUCCUUUUGGCUGAACCCCACUUUUUUGAAAAGUCCCUAUUAUAAAUAGCUCUUUCUCCUCGCAGUUAUUCUAGAAACCCACCAGAUUGAAAUGCCUUAAAGUAAAAUCAGCUUGAUUUUAUGAAGAUAAGAGCCCUGCAUGGUUGAAGCUCUGACAAAUUCUGAAGUUAUAUCCUACCUCUCAAUUUCAGAGAUUGUCAGGAUUUGUUCUAUUCUGGACAGUGAUUCUGGUAUAGAUUCAUUUUUCACUAAAAAACGAGGACAGGAGUGUCUUUUCCCUCCAGCUGGAACAGCAAACUGAUGUGGGCUCUGGUUGAACGCUGGCCUCUGCCAUGCGGCAUUGGCAGGAGAGAUGCCAAAACCAGGAACCGGCAUCUGUCCUUGACUCACCCUGGGUGCCUGCCCUCAGGGGGUCCAGGGACCUCACAAGUGGGGAGGUUUUAAAAUGGUCCCUCUGUGGCGGGGAGCUAAGAGAAGGCCACAGGACUGAAGAGUGGCUUGAGGUUUGCCAGGUAUUUGUAGGUGGGUCCUUUCCAGCUGGGCAGAAGAUGGAGUGCUGCUCCGGGCUGACCAGAUGUGCAGACUCGGAUGUCAAAACGUUACGAAGAACAGAAGAGCCCUUAUUCCCAAUGGGGUCAGUGCCAAUGGCCCCAGAUGGGAUGCAGGGUCUCAGCCUGAUAUUCCAGUGGAAGGAUUUAGGACAAAUUGCUGGAAGAAAUGAGGCUCUGCUAAGGCUAUGGAUGGAACCCGGGAAGAAGAGAGCCAGUGCCCUUUCCAGGAGAUGAGUUGCACCUCCACGGCUUAGUGCCCUAGGAGGGGACAAGAAAGAUGGAUGUCUGUCCCCUGGGAGCUUCCUGUUAUUUCUGUUCCUCCAUGUGGGCAGGUAGACUGCGCAGGGAUUAUGUGGGGUUUAUUUCCCCCUUAUUCUGCACCUUCUGUCUUCUGCACUAAUGCAAGAAAGGUGGAAAGAUGAUCUAGUUCAACGCUGACAUGUGAUCAAGGAGGAAACCAAGGUACGGAAGAAACAAAUGUAGAAAUGGAAGCCAAUCACAGGUAAACCUUGAGGCACGUAGUCCCUGAGUGAAGAGAGAAGAGUGAAGGCAC